CUCCAGUCAGAGGGACUUACCGCCCUUCUCCUUGCACUCGUCGCCUCCACGCACAAUUCCGUUCAUCUUCCUUAAUUUCUCGAUUUUUGACUCUGCUUGGAAGGAGCAGCCAUGUCUCGGCAGUCUGUCUGCAGAAGCUUUGGAGGCGGGAGUAGAAGGGGCUACAGCUCUUGCUCUGCCAUCGGUGGUGGCUUUGGAGGAGGUGGCGGCAGAAGCAGGAGCAGCUACAGCUCCUUCUCCAUGUCCAGGGGAUAUGGAGGUGGCGGACGUUGUGGAGGGUUUACCAGCAAGAGCCUCCAUAACAUGGGUGGCGGUGGAAGGAUUUCCAUGGGUGGAUGUUAUGGAGGAUAUGGAGGCAGAAUGGGUGGCUUUGGUGGAGGCUUUGGAGGAGGAAUAGGCAGCUUUGGUGGAGGAAUGGGUGGAGGAGGAAUGGGUGGCUUUGGAGGAAUGGGUGGUGGUGGAGGAAUGGGUGGCUUUGGUGGAGGAAUGGGUAGUUAUGGUGGAGGAAUGGGCGGUGGAGGAAUGGGAGGCUUUGGCGGCCCAGGCUUUGGCAUGGCAGGCUUUGGUGGCCCCGGUAGAGGUGGCCCUGGAAUCCAGCCAGUGCAGGUUGACCCAACCCUCCUACAGCCGGUCCAUGUUGAGAUUGAUCCCCAGAUCCAGCAAGUCAAAAACCAGGAGAAAGAACAGAUCAAGACUCUUAACAACCAAUUUGCCUCUUUCAUUGAUAAGGUCCGCUUCUUGGAGCAACAGAACAAGGUCCUCUCCACCAAGUGGGAGCUCCUCCAACAGCAAGGGCCUUCGGGGCCAAGGAAGAACCUCGACGUCAUCUUUGAGAACUACAUCCAGAACUUGAGGAGGCAGCUGGACUCGAUCAUGGCCCAGAGGGGGCAGCUGGAGUCCGAGCUGCAGAACAUGCAGCAAUACGUCGAGGAUUACAAAACCAAGUAUGAGGAAGAGAUCAACAGGCGCACAACUGCUGAGAACGAGUUUGUGGUGCUUAAGAAGGAUGUGGACUCUGCCUACAUGACCAAAGUAGAGUUGGAAGCCAAGGUGGGAGCUCUGACCGAUCAAAUCAACUUCCUCAGGUGCAUGUACGAAGAGGAACUGGCCCAGAUGCAGACAAUCAGCCGCGACCUGUCUGUGGUGGUGUCCAUGGACAACAACCGUCACCUGGAUCUGGACAGCAUCAUCGAGGAGGUCAGACGGCAGUACGAGCAGAUUGCUCAGAGCAGCAGAGCUGAGGCUGAGGCUUGGUACCAGAGCCAGUACGAACAGCUGCAGAGCACUGCUGGGAGACAUGGGGACAACCUACGUAACACCAAGAUAGAGAUCCAAGAGUUGACCAGGAACAUCCAGAGGCUGCGGGCUGAGAUUGAGAAUGUGAAGAAACAGAACCAGCAUGUGCAGUCAGCUAUCGCCGAGGCCGAGGAGCGGGGCGAGAUGGCCCUCAAGGAUGCCAGAAUGAAACUGGAAGACCUGGAAUCCGCCCUGAGCAAAGACAAGGAGGAGCUGGCUCGCUUGCUGAAGGAGUACCAGGAGCUGCUGAACAUCAAGAUUGCCCUGGAUGUUGAGAUCGCCAUGUACAGGAAACUGCUGGAGGGGGAGGAGAACAGGCUGUGCAACGACGGCAUGUCCAACGUCAAUGUCUCUGUGGUAGGCAGGACCACCAUCACUGGAGGCAGAGGAGGCAUGGGAGGAGGCUUUGGAGGCGGCAGCAGCAUGGGAGGAGGCUUCGGAGUUGGCAGCGGCAUGGGAGGAGGCUUCGGAGUUGGAAGCAUGGGCGGAGGAAUGGGAGGAGGCAUAUGUGGAGGUGGAAGCAUGGGCGGCAGCUGUGGAAUGGGAGGAGGAUCAUACGGCGGCGGCUUCUCUUCUGGAAGUGGAAGGAUGUGCGGUUCCGGAGGUGGAGGAUCAUCUUCUGUACGGAGAUCUGUGACGACCACCUCCAUCAAAUCUUCAGGAGUGAGAUUCUGAGCCCCCAAGCCAACUUGACAAAGGAAAGAAGCAUCUCCUCUCUUCUCCCGGCAGCAGCUCAGCCUCCUUAAAUCCAGCUCCGAUGUCCUGCGAUGCAAUGGACUGUGUCCCUCAUGGCCCACCAUGUACCGACUCAUCUGCCUUGGUCCCGUCAAGGGAGUCUCCUGGCAAUGCCGUGUCCGUGGUGAGCUGCGUGUCAGCCCCAAGCGUGGUCGUGAAACCACUGCCCGUGGAAAGAAAAGUCUCCCUGGAGGAUCCCCAGCACGGAGAGCUGAUUUACAGGAGGGGAAGGCUCUGCCUUUCUUGCUGGCUUGUACAUUUCUGGCUGCCUCAUGGCAAAUGUGUAUAAAGCUCUUCUUUCCACCCUGUCCUCCUGUCCCUUCCUCGAUGGCCGUAUCCCUGGGAUGCUUCUGCACACAGUACAUCCUGCUGCUUCCUUUCACUGGUGUUUAGGUGAGGGUAGAUGUGGGACAAGGGUGACUCCUGCCUUGGCAGAGCUGGACAGGAGCAUCUUCUGGGCAGGAAACAAGAGGGAUGAAGUGUCCCAGGGUGGAGCACCUGGGCAACUUUGCUCUUCUGGUAGCCCCAGGUGUUCUGCAAGCAGGACAUAUCUCUGGAGCUGUGCCUUCCAGUUCCACUUGUCCUUGUUCUCCGUGACGCCUGGUAACACCUGUGGCACACGUGGAUCUUCCAAGGAGAAUACAGCUUGCUGUUCAGUGCCCGCCCCUGUGACAUGGAACGAGACGUACUGUCCCCACCUCCCUCCUUCUUGUCUCUCUGGGAUGUCCUGCUUCCUCGGGAUGUUGCCAUUCUCAAUAAAUUGCAGAGAACAUUCA